AUGGGGUCUCCUGCGGCUCCGGCUCCCCACCCACAAAGCUGCCCCCACGGCGGCAGACCCCGACCGCUGCCCUGGCGGCGCGCGGGCCGCCACGCAGAGUCCAGCCCCGCACUGCACUGCCCAGGCCAGAGCCGCAGCCUGGGGGAGGAGCCGGGAGGCGUGGGGCGGGGCUUGCCAGCCGGGGCGGAGCCUCAACUAAUCAAUGCGCAGUGCAAGCCGGACUGCCAGGCCAUCAGGCUGGAUCCAGGCGUGCUUGGACGGCCCACGCCACCCCCCAUUCCCCGGGCCUCCGCCGCUGGCCACCCUCAGAGUGCCCUCCUAGCCACUCCUGCACGUGGCUUUCCUGGCCUCGAAGUCAUGGCCACUCACUCCCUGCAGGAGACACCCACCGGUCUGGACCUCCUGGCGACCUCCCCAGCCAGCACCCUGGGUGACACAUUCAGCCUCUGCCUCUCCAACUCAGCCAAGACCCACAAAGCUUGUCUUGGGAAGUUCCUGUCUUCCCGGCUCUGCAGAUGUACCACCAUCUACCACCCAGCAGCUCAGGCCAACACCCUAGGGUCCUCACCCCCAUGGGAAGCCGUAAACAAACGCACAAGCCUUGCCCACACCUCGGGCAUGCGCACGCACGCGCGCGCGGCUUCAGCGCAGGCCCACCGUGUGUCGGGUCAGGACCGGGGGGAGCGCGUGGUGAUGGCAGAGCUGCGAAGCCGGAGGUGCCCGCAGUGGGGACAGGAGGCCAUCUCACCUGCACCACCAGGCCUCACCCACAGCCGCCACCUGGCAUUGGCCCUGAUCUGGGGAAGCUGCCAGGCUGGGCAGGAGGAGAAUGCUCCUGCACGUGGGCAGCCACUGGCUGACGAAGGCGGGAGCUCAGCUACGCCAGCCACCCUGUGCGGCUCCGCCCACAGGGCCAGGUCCACAGCACUGUGGGGCGUCGUCCAUAGGAAGUACCAGAAGCAGGAGCAGAAGGGCUGUAGGCUCAGCAUGGUGGCCGGGACACCCCCAAAGCCACUCCCACAGGCGGCCAGGGCAAGCCUCCGGGCUCAGCUGCGGGCGAGGCUGAUCCAGGGCAUGCAGCCACAGCACCAGCUCUCGCAGCCCCGCAUCUCCCUGUCCAGUGUGGGCCUGCUUCUGGCCACUGCCCUUGGCCCCACGCCGGGCGGGGGCGCCUGGCCCCCCACCUGCACCAUCCCUCUCCAGCCUCACUGCAUCUGUUCCCAAGGUGCCCAGAUCCUGCCGCCAACUCCCGCCCUGCUGCCAGCUCCCCUCAGCCCCACCUUCUCUAGACCAACGCAGGCCUUCCAGGCCUUUGGCCCCGCGUGCAAAGAGCUGCCUCGGAAGCGUGGGGGGCUCCUUCCCCACACACCCUUCCCCCGCACCCGAAUUCUCGCCCCUACCCCCAGCCCUGCCCGUACACCCUGGGCUCCCCCGGGCGCCCCGCCUCCGUAA